AUGGAGCAUCUGGGUCCGCACCACCUCCACCCGGGCCACGCGGAGCCCAUCAGCUUCGGCAUCGACCAGAUCCUCAACAGCCCGGACCAAGGCGGCUGCAUGGGACCCGCCUCGCGCCUCCAGGACGGAGAAUACGGCCUUGGCUGUUUGGUCGGAGGCGCUUACACUUACGGCGGCGGGGGCUCCGCAGCCGGGGCCGGGGCCGGGGCCGGGGGCGCGGGGCCCUAUGGCGCUGGCGGCCCGGGCGGCCCUGGCGGCCCGGCAAGUGGCAGUGGCGCCUGCAGCAUGGGCCCGCUGGCCGGCUCCUACAAUGUGAACAUGGCCUUGGCGGGCGGCCCCGGUCCGGGCGGCGGCGGCGCAGGGAGCGGCGGCGGCGGGGCGCUGAGCGCAGCGGGGGUGAUCCGGGUGCCCGCGCACAGGCCGCUAGCCGGAGCGGUGGCCCACCCCCAACCCCUGGCUACUGGCUUGCCCACUGUGCCCUCUGUGCCUGCUGUGCCGGGUGUCAACAACCUUACUGGCCUCACCUUUCCCUGGAUGGAGAGUAACCGCAGAUACACAAAGGACAGGUUCACAGGUCACCCCUACCAGAACCGGACGCCCCCCAAGAAGAAGAAGCCGCGCACGUCCUUCACGCGCCUGCAGAUCUGCGAGUUGGAGAAGCGUUUCCACCGCCAGAAGUACUUAGCCUCGGCGGAGCGGGCAGCUUUGGCCAAGGCGCUCAAAAUGACCGACGCUCAGGUCAAAACCUGGUUCCAGAACCGGCGGACGAAGUGGAGGCGACAGACCGCGGAGGAGCGUGAGGCCGAGAGGCAGCAGGCGAACCGCAUCCUCCUGCAACUGCAGCAGGAGGCCUUCCAGAAGAGCCUGGCGCAGCCGCUGCCAGCAGACCCACUGUGUGUACACAACUCGUCGCUCUUCGCCCUUCAGAACCUUCAACCUUGGUCUGACGACUCCACCAAGAUCACUAGCGUCACAUCCGUGGCGUCAGCGUGCGAGUGA